GCCACCGCGGGGUGUCACGGCUGCGGCCAAGCUUGCCAGACGCAGGGCAGGCGCCCGCCUCUUUUAAACCCGGGAAGGCGCGGCAGCAGCGGGCUGAUCACGGCGCGUGGGGCACCGGGCGGCGGCCGAAUGGAGAGGAAGGGCUCGGCGGCCGGGACCAAAGGGACCCCGAGCCCGCCGGUGGCCGGCGAGGUGCAGCGGCCGCCGCCGCCUCUGUGCGUCCCGGGCGGCGGAGGGGCUCCGGCGCGGGGCCAGGCUGGAGCGGCGGCCGAGCCCGCUGAGUUCAUCCGGCGCGCCCACGAGUUCAAGAGCCAAGGCUCGCAGUGCUACAAGGACAAGAAAUUCCGCGAAGCCAUCGGCAAAUACCACCGGGCGUUGCUGGAGCUGAAGGGGCUGCUACCGGCCCCCGGGGAACGGGAGCGGGACUCGUGUGCGGCCUCUCUGGCCGGGGCCCCCAACCCCGGCCGUCUCUCCGAGGAGCAGAGCAAGACAGUGGAAGCCAUCGAGAUCGACUGCUACAACAGCCUGGCAGCCUGCCUGCUCCAGGCUGAGCUGGUGAACUAUGAACGAGUCAAGGAGUAUUGCCUCAAAGUCCUGAAGAAGGAAGGGGAGAACUUCAAGGCCCUUUACCGGUCUGGUGUGGCCUUCUACCACCUUGGGGACUAUGACAAAGCACUGUACUACCUGAAAGAAGCAAGGACCCGACAGCCAACAGACACCAACGUGGUUCGGUACAUCCAGCUGACAGAGAUGAAGCUCAGCCGAUGCUCCCAGAGAGAGAAGGAAGCCAUGUAACUGCAGCACCUCUCGAGAAGACUGGCGCCCAGCCCUGGACUUGCAGGCAUCCCCUGGUGGAGAGCCCCUCCCUGGGCUCUAGUCCUUCCUCCCAACUUCUUCCUCAGCCCCCCUCAUCUCUUCCUCUAUUGCCCCUCAACGCUGUCUCCUCCUAGUGUGAAAGGAGAUGCAAAUUUGGGAUCUGGUGGGUUGCCCCGACAAUGGUGAUACCCUCUUCUCUAGGAGGUCAGCCACUGAGAGGGCCCUAACUUCUUCGGGGACAGCUGGGGAGGACUCUCCCAGGCCAGCAAUGCCUGGCUGCUGACAGAGGCAGGUGUACCCCCAGAGGCAGCAGGCACGGAGCCCACGGCUGGACCCUUCCGCACCUUUCUGAUGGACCGGGGCAUCUCGAGACAACUGUGACCAAUCCAGGGAUGAGACAAACACCUGAAUCAUUGGCUAAGCCAGGAGAGAGACUGUGAAUUUGUGCACUGGACUCCCCACCCCUACCCGCAGUAACCUCAGCCCCUCCCUCCCUUGUUGUCUUGGCUUGUGCUUUCUUCUCUCCCGCUGGGGAUCUGAGACUGUGCCAGGAUUCACAUGCCACUGAAGCCCACUCUCAGUGCCCUCUGGUGACCACACAUGCCAUUCUCCCUAGCAGGCAGCUGGGACAGCAGAAGGGCAGGGCAAAGUGGGCCAAGGGUUGACCAUGUGGGCGAUGUGGGGAGGGAGAGAUGACGUCUAGAGGAGAGAGCAUUGGAGAGACGAGGACUAAACUGUGGACUAAUUAAGUGUAAAUAAAAAUAAAUGAAUGGGCAGCCGUUCCUGUCAUUUCUGUUGGAAGCAGCCCACUUCCCCACUUUUACUCCCUCCCCCAACGUGCUCAGAGCUACUGAAGGCCAGGCAGGAUGGGGUUCCCCAAAGCAGUGGGCCGUUUGUCCAAGGUGCGCAAUGUAGGCUGCUGCCGUUGUGCUUCUCGAGUAGGCUGGGGAUGGGGCGGCUGCCCAGGGACUUGGCUUCGCGGGACUUCGUGGGCCUUGAACUGCCUCUGUUUGAUGACAUUAGCUGGACUCAAUAUCUAGCACAGAGAAUGUGUUCAACAAAUAUUUGUUGAAUGAAUAAAUUAUGACUGCAGACUGGCUCUCCUGCCUUAAGCUAAUUUUAUCCCAGCCUAGUCUCAUGAUAUCUAUGCUCUUUAUGCCAUGUUGCUUCAGUCCAGUGAGAAACAUUUCCCGAGGGCUUAUCGUUUGCCUAUCAUUGUGCAAUACUCUGUGGGACACAAGACGGAGUCCUAUGGAAGAGUGAGAAAUACUCAUGUGAGAUGGUUACCAAUGACACCUUUAAUUUAUAUGACGCUUUAACGUUUUUCAAAGCACUUUCAUGUAUUUUUCGUGUGAUUAGUGAAAGAGACGGUAUUGUACAA